AUGCCAUUGACACCACCAAGUUCAUUACCAAAAGCAAUCAAUCCAUUCGUUACAAGAUCCAAUGAAUUGGAAAAUGCUGAACCUUUGAUUGCUUAUUUCUGCAAAUUAUACAUUGUAGAACAAAUAUUAAAUCAAGGUUUACAUACAACUGAUGAUGAAAUUUCAAAAUUUGCUAUGGAAUUAUUAGAUGAUAUUGAGAAUUUCAAACAAGUUAAUCAAGAAGAUGAAAUCAAAGACAUAAUCAAUGAUAAAUCAAGUAGUAUAUUAUAUAUUGUUGGAUUUGGUGAUAAGAUUUUCAAUAAUUCAUUAAAACAAAUUAAACAACAUGUUUCAAAUAAAUCUACAGCGUUAAGUUUUUUAGCAAGUGUUAAUUUUUAUGAAUUGAUUAAAUUAUGGCCAGAUCAAGAUGUUUAUGAAAUGAAUGAAUUAAUGAAAAAAAUUAGAUAUGCCAAAUUCCAUGCAGCUAGAAUAUUGAAGAGUUUAAGGAAAGGAGAAGACCCUAAUGAAUAUGAUCCACCUGAAUUUGAAUUGAAAGAUGAACAAGAAGUGCCUUUUAAACAAGAAGAAGAACCAACACCAGCGGGAUUGCCUAAUAUGGAAGAUGACGACGAUGAUGAUGAUAAUUUAGGACUACCAAAAGUUCCACAAUUUAUAGAUGAUGAGCCAAAUAAGAAACAAAACCAAGAUCAAGAACCUGAAUUAUCCAAAGAGAAAAGUCCCUCACCAAGUUUUAAACUACCUGAACCUCCAAAAUCUAAACCAGGAGCAAUCGAUGUGGAUCCAGAACCAGUAACACCAAGAGAAUCCACACCAAAAGUAAAUGAACCAUCCUCAUCAAGAUCACUCUCUCAACCUAUAAUUAAAGAUAACUCAACAAAACCAGUAACUAAAUUUGAUGUUUCUCAAAUCAUUGAAUCUGGUGAAAUUUAUAAUAAAGCUCAAAAACAUGCAAAAUUCGCAAUCAGUGCCAUGAAUUAUGAAGAUAAAGAGACUGCUUUGAAACAGUUGAAAGAGGCCAUAGCGUUAUUGGAUCAAUUAGAGAUGUGA